UGUUGCUUUCUUGUUGCGACUAUGCUCUCUCUGGGCUGUUUUCUUCAAGCCAUUCUAUGGGUUGAGGCUUCUCUGUUCAGACUUGUCUAACUAGUUUCAUUUCAACUAUUUGUAAUUUGUUUUAAUAUCUUUCAGCCACAGACCUCUAAUACGUCUAGGAUGGCAUGCAGUUGAUUAGAAAGUCAAGCCCAGGGGCUUCAGACCUUCACCAUCGUGUUCUUCCUCCUGCAGAUGAUGUAUCGAACAGCAGGAUUUGGCACCCGAAGCAGAGUUUUGAAACCAUGGAUGACUGCCCUUCUCAUUUCGUUAUUACUGACAGUGGUGGCAGUGACCAUUGGUGUUUUGGCUCAUGUGUUAGUCUCUGGACAGAAAAUGGAGUAUUAUCAUGCCACCUUUAAAAUUUCAGAUCUUCGAGUCAAUAGUAAUUCUGGACAAAACAACACAUACCAACUUAAGGACUUACGGGAGAUGAGUGAGAAAUUGGUGGAUGAGAUAUUUAUAGAUUCAGCCUUGAACAAGCAUUAUAUCAAGAACCAAGUAGUCAGACUGACUCCAGAGGAAGAUGGUGUGAAAGCAGACAUCGUUAUGGUGUUUCAGUUCCCCUCUACUGAGCAAAGGGCCUUAAUAAAGGAGAAAAUCCUUAGCAUCUUAAAUCAGAAGAUAAGGAACACAAGAGCCGUACCCAUAAAUGUGUCUUCAGUUCAAGUUAAUGCAAUGAGCUCAUCAACAGGGAAGCUAACUGUCCAAGCAUGCUGUGGUAAACGAGUUGUUCCAUUAAUAGUCAACAGAAUAAUGUCUGGAGACGUCGCAGCCAAGGCUGCCUGGCCUUGGCAAGCUUCCCUUCAGCGUAAUAACGUACAUCAGUGUGGGGCCACCCUGGUCAGUAAUACGUGGCUCAUCACAGCAGCGCACUGCUUUACGAAUAAUGCAAAUCCACGUCAAUGGACUGUUAGUUUUGGAACGACAAUCAACCCUCCAUUAAUGAAAAGAAAUGUCAGAAGAAUUAUUGUCCACGAAAGAUACCACUUCCCAGCAAGAGAGUACGAUAUUGCUGCCGUGCAGUUCUCUCCCAGGGUCACCUUUACCGAUGACAUCCGCCGGGUUUGUCUGCCAGAAGCCUCUGCAUCCUUCCAACCAAAUUCCACGGUCUAUAUCACAGGAUUUGGAGCACUCUUCUACGGUGGGAAAUCCCAAAAUAAUCUUCGAGAAGCCAAACUGAAAAUCAUAAGUGAUGACGUGUGCAAGCAACCGCAUGUAUAUGGCCGUGAUAUAAAAUUUGGAAUGUUUUGUGCUGGAUAUCUAGAAGGAAAGUAUGAUGCUUGCAGGGGUGAUUCUGGGGGACCUCUAGUCAUAAAGGAUCUUAAAGAUACCUGGUAUCUCAUUGGAAUUGUAAGCUGGGGAGACAACUGUGGUCAAAAGAACAAACCUGGAGUCUACACAAAAGUGGUUUAUUACCGAAACUGGAUCACUUCAAAAACGGGCCUCUAAUUCACUCUAAAAGUUAGAUAUUGAGUGCUGUGAGCAGGCUAUAUAUGUAUGAGAAUUUACAUAUUCAGUGAAUGUAGUACAAUGAAGUGAGAUUAAAUGACAUUAUUUAUUAUAGAAUCACUUCAAUUAAGCAAUGACUCAUAGCCAAUUUAUAAGGAAUUUAAAUCCUUAUAAAUUUGCAAAGUAGUGGAUCAGUUUAGCCUGGAAGGGAGAAUAUAGCAGAAACACUCAGUUCUUUACAUCAUGUAAGCUGGAGUAUAAAAGAGGUGUAAUGCAAAUUUUUUAAAAUAAUCCAUGAUUUUUAGAAUGUCUUUGUCAAAAAGGUCCCCAAAAAGUGAGAAAGUUUUUAAUCUCUUUAAGAGUUCAAGAAAACCUUAUAUAAUUUCUUAUCAUUUCUCCUGAGUCACAAAUACAUUUUUAAAUUUUUUUCUUGUUACUCCAAGUUUUCCAAAGAGAUUUUUCACCAUUCACCAUAAUAUAUUUUCUACUUAUAAACUCUAUGGAAGGAUCUUUGAAAAAAAAAAAAAGGUUACACCUAGGAAA